GUGGUGUGCGCGCUCCCGUGACAGCAGGAAAUAUGGCGGCGCUCAUGACUCUCAGCCAGUUAUCGAGUGGAAACUCCGCUUACGAGAACUAUUACAGACAGGUUGACCCAGGAAACACUGGAAAAAUCAGAGCAGCUGAUGCUGCUCAGUUCCUGAAAAAGUCUGGCCUGUCAGAUAGCACCUUGGGCAAGAUUUGGGAUUUGGCCGACCCAGAGAGAAAGGGCUUCUUGGAUAAGCGGGGUUUUUUCAUUGCUCUGAGGUUAGUGGCGUCCGCUCAAGGAGGAAAUGACAUCAGUCUUAAUAAUCUCAACCAGACACUGGCUGCACCUAAAUUUAAAGAUGCAAACAGUCCACUGCUGAGCACACCGUUAAGCACGUCGUUGAGCACGUCGCUGAGCAUAUCUCCUUCUGCUGACUCUCAGUGGGCUGUCAGGCCUGAGGAAAAAGGGAAGUUCGAUGGCAUAUUUGACAGCCUUUCACCAGUCAAUGGUCUGCUCUCGGGUGAUAAAGUCAAGCCGGUUUUGAUCAACUCCAAACUACCUCUGGAUGUUUUAGGAAGGAUUUGGGACCUUAGUGAUGUAGACAAAGAUGGCCAGUUGGACAGAGAUGAGUUUUCAGUGGCCAUGCACCUGGUGUACCGUGCCAUGGAGAACGAGACCACCCCCACCGCUCUACCCGCCUCCCUCAUCCCUCCAUCUAAGAGGAAGAAGUCUGCCGGGGCACUGCCUGGUGCCGUGGCUGUGCUGCCCGUUCUGACUGGCCUGAUGGGCUCCCCUCCCCUCAAAGAGACCCUGCGCUCCACGCCGUCCUUGGGCAGCGUGGCCCCCAUCAACACGAGCCUCUCCCCCAAACACUCGUUCAAAGCUGCCUCACAGCCCACCGUGAACUGGGUUGUCCCAGUGGCAGACAGAGGGCGAUAUGACGACAUCUUCCUGAAAACGGACAGCGACAUGGACGGCCUGGUCACAGGCACAGAGGUCAUCGAGAUCUUCAUGCAAUCCAGCCUGCCUCAGACGACACUGGCUCAGAUAUGGAGCCUGGCUGACACCCAGCAGGUCGGCAAGCUGUCCAGGGAGCAGUUCUCCCUGGCCAUGUACCUGAUCCAGCAGAAAGUGACCAAGGGCCUGGACCCCCCCCAGACCAUCACCCCAGACAUGAUCCCCCCCUCGGAGAGGAGUGCCGCGUCCGCAGCCGGGCCCAGCUUUGCCGGCUUCAUGACUGCUCUGGGACCUGACAUCGCUGCCUAUGCUAACCUACGCAGAGACAGCUCCAGCUCCACUGGCUCAGGGGACCUGACGGGCGUAAAAGAGCUGGACGAACUCAGCCAGGAAAUAGCUCAGCUGCAGAGGGAGAAAUACUCUCUGGAGCAAGAGAUCCGAGACAAGGAGGACGCCAUCCGACAGAAGAACAACGAGGUUCAGGAGAUGCAGGAUGACCUGGACAGGGAGAGCAGCAGUCUGCAGGACCUGGAGUCCCAGAAGCAGGAUGCCCAGGAGAGGCUGGAGGAGAUGGAUCAGCAGAGGUCCAAGCUAGAGGGCAUGCUCAACGACGUCCAGCAGAAGUGCCAGGACGAGUCUCACAUGAUCUCGUCGCUCCAGACUCAGAUUCAGUCCCAGGAGACGGACCUGCAGAGCCAGGAAGCGGAGCUGAGCCGGACCCGGUCAGACCUGAGUCGGCUGCAGCAGGAGGAGGGCCAGCUGGAGCAGAGCCUGCUGGCCGGCCGCGUCCAGCUGGACAGCAUCGUCAAGUCCCUCAAAGCCACCCAGGACGAGAUCAAUCAGGCUCGCAGCAAGUUGUCUCAGAUCCAGGACAGUCAGCAGGAGGUGAGCAAGAGCAUUGAGCAGUACAACAGCGCUAUUAACGGCACCAACGGAGGCAGCAUGACCAACCUGGCCGACAUGAGCGAGGGAUUCACCGAGAAGGAGAACGGAGGCUUCGGAACCAUGGAGGACCCCUUUAAGUCCAAGGUAGCCAUGUUCAACAGCAACCCCAGGGAGCCUCAGCCUGACCCUUUCCAAACUGAAGACCCCUUCAAGUCGGAUCCCUUCAUAGAUCCAUUUGGGGGGGAUCCCUUCAAAGAGACUGACCCCUUUAAAGGGAGUUCGUCAGAAGACUUCUUCAAAAAGGCAGAUCCGUUUGCAUCAUCGGACCCCUUCAAAAAAAAGCCCAUUCCCCCUGCCAAGCCUGGCGCAUUUGGUAGUAGUGACCCCUUCCCUUCCAACAGUCCCAGCCCAAAACCAAAGGACUCAGACGGCUUUGGGUCGGGCGACGCGUUUGGUGGCGGCUCGUACGCAGCCAAGGGGGGUUUUGCUGACUUCAGUCAAAUGUCCAAGAAGCCAGACAAUCCUAUGCUGCCACCAAAGAAGAACGUACCUAACAGGCCAGCUCCUCCCUAUGGUAAACGUAGUCAUGCAAACCUGCUCGGGCUGGCUGCCUUGGACAACCCAAGGGAGCCGGUCCACUGUACCGAACGUAGUCAGAGUAAAAUGGCUUCUGGAGACUCAACAAGCAGCAAAGAUGCAUUCGCUUUUGGCGCUGCUAUGAAAGACACCUCUGGCGGGUUUGCAGAUGUAGGCUCUGAUCUGAAAAAGUCGAGGUAAGGUUACUUGUUGGUGUGGUGACCUUUUGUAUAUUGUUAUUUGCAUGCAAGGAACGUAUCCAGAAUGACAGCACUAUGAUUGGUGAGAACUGCUGUUUGAGAUCCACCAAUCAGGUGGAUCCAUUCCAUACACUAAGUCCAAUGGCGUGUUCAGCUAAGUAAUCACUCAUAGCAGAAUGGCAAGUUCAACACAUUGCUGUAAAACCAGUACGACCUCAGGUACAUCGUAUGUGAUUUGUCAUGCUGCUUUGCUUUGAAUUAUAUUGAAAUUCAAACCCUCCCUAUUUUUUAUUCGAUUCCCUGAAAUUGUGUUUGUUUGUUGAAAAUGCAUUAGUUUUUUAUCCAAUGACUAUGCAAUAUAAACUUUAUUCAAUCAAAUUCUACAUUAUUCACGACUUGCAGAAGCACAUAAGAUUCGUUUUUUUGGUUUGUUGUGUUUGUGUUAGCGGCUGGCUUGGAGUGAAUCUGUCCAACCUGCUUGCCAGCACGCUGACCAAUGUCUCUUUGCUGUCCUCUAGUUUGGAAAUGAGAGCGACCAGCUAGAGUGGGCCAAGCGGGAGAGUGAGCGGGAGGAGCAGGAGAGACUGAGGAGACUCCGCCUCCAGGAACAGCAAGACCUCGACCUGGCCAUCGCCCUCAGCAAGGCAGACAUGCCCAGUGUCUGACCACUCAUCUACGAUGCACUCACUUCCUGGGUCAGCUCUACCCUCACUAAAGGUGAAUGUCAGCUCCUUAACACUGAGAUGAUGACACAUGAAAGAACAACACUUCUACAAUGAAAGAAUGGGCCCUAGCUAUUAUCUCUACAGCCAAACUCUAGCCUUUCCUCUCUGAGACUAGCUCGGAUGGAGGCUUUGAUGUACACCCUAAAGAAUUGUGGACAAACCUUUCAUCAAAACUCUUCUUUAUUCACCAAAGCCUCAGUUCAUAGGUUCUGCAGCUUUCGUGUUUCUCAUCCACAUUGCGUUGCAACUGUAAUGAAGUACAAUGAAGACAAUUUUUCUGCCUGAUUUAAGCCUGGGCUAAGCCCAAUAUUUUGAAGUGACUUAAUCCAUCACCAGUGGAGAGCCUGUAUCGUGCUCCAUGGGUUUAGGUGGGGAAAGCUUUGAAGACAUGUCUAUGCUUUACCCUUUGUUGUAAAGAGAUCUGCUUUUUUAAUCUAUUUUAUUUCAUUUUAUUAUUUAUAUACAAAAGGCAUCUGUAGUUUAUGAAGUAUCUGUGAAUGCACUAUUGUAACCUUCAACAGCUCUUCUCCUGGAAGUUCAUCCGAUCUUUGAGGUCUGACACUUAUGAAUUCCAGAUUUCUGGUGCAAAUCUUAUUUUGGGUCAGGGAAUCAAAAAUGAAAGUACAGUUAUUGUUUGAUUACAUUUUCAGUUUUUACUAUCUUUAAAUUCUUGUUGUAUCUAUACGUUCCCUCGUAUCUAUCUUUCAGUUGGUAAAGAUAUAUUUUCCCAAAACUAGAAUUUUCAACUUUGUAAGUGUUAUUUAGAUUUGGAGCUGUGUGAUUUAUAAUACACAUGCUUUGGACAUGUUUUAAUACUCCUUAUCAAGCCAUGGCUUAUUGAUAAAGGUGUAAAGCCCUUAGAACGACAACCUUUUGAUGCCUUCUCGGCUUUUAUCAUUUUUAUUUUGAAGAAAUCCCUUUGCUUUACUAUCAAAUUUAGCAUUAAUUUGGGUAUUUUUCGGCGCAAAAUGGUUAUGCUUCGCAGUUUCCACUCAAUUUGUUUGUUGUGUGCAUAGCAAUAAAACACUAUCACAACUGCCCCGUAGUCCAAUACCAGAGCAAACUGCAAACAUUUGGGGCCUUGUUUCAUCUUCCAGAAAGGCUUGUGUGGCUAUCAUAAAUGCUAUUUGAAGAAUCAUGUCUGUCUUCCUUGCCAGGAUAUUCCAGUGGUCUGACUGGCCUUACAUGUUAGCUGACAAAAAACAUGUGUUGUUCAUGUCUUACAGUGGCAACCUUACAACUCUUAGAGGUUUCUAUAGGGUACUACACCAGUGUACCCUCAUCCAUAGGGAUACAAACCUAUUUGUUUUGACUAAUACUGUUACAACAGACUAAAGAUUGUGUGUGCUUGAUGUAGCUACCUGUGUACUCUGUGCUUGAUGCUCCCAAAGGCAGCUGUACUUGGACUAAUGUCACCUGUCAAAGCCUCACAACUACCAUCAUAUCAGUUGUGCUCAAAGUUGAAUCAUUCCCACAAUCCGAUGCAUAUAUUGUGGGUUCAGAUGCCUUAUAGACUGUUGCUUCUAUGUCAUUAUAUCAUUGUAUUGACCCAAGAUGCUUUUAAAACUUUGCGUGUGGAGCAUAUUCAAGGCAUACUGUGUGUAGCUUGCUCUUCCAAUGUGAAUGGUUGACUGGAAAUGUGGGGCCUACAUGGAGCUUCAUUGACUGGUACACAAUGUCUGCCUUAUUUAUUGAGAUCCAACAUGUCAUAUGUAAUAGUACAUACCAUAUAUGAUUAUAAAUAUUCUUUCAGGUUUUGGAACUUACUUCAAUAUGUGAUACAUACUAUGUAUAUCUUUUAAUAUAAUAAAAGCAAGUGUAACAUUCCUGGAUAGUUUCUGGCUCAUUAUAGGUAGAUGGACACACGUGCAGGCACACCCCCGCACUACACACACACUGCUUUCACAACUGAAAGUUACUAAAACGGGCAGACAAGUCAAAUGAGAAGGUUAAAUUUGCAUUUCACAAAUUCUUUUUUUUCAGCUUCUUCUUCUUCUUUUUUUUUUUGGAUACUUUACAUGAAUUGUUAAAUGAUUGACACAGUUGAACUGGAAUGAUAACUGGCUAUCUUCUCUUGCCCCAGUAGUCUGCUGAAUUUGGAAUUUGAAACAUAUUCAAAACAUUUUCUCUUGAAUAGAGUAGUAUGUAAUAAAGUCUGGGUGACUGAGUGGCACCACAUGAUGGAAGGUGUGGUUUAAUUGAGCUUGUUUAACUUUUUAUAGUAAUUUACACAACUGAGGGGAAACACUUAUUAUAAGUGUACAACCACAUUUUCACAAAUGUGUUAUGUACCCAAUCCACUCAGUAUUUCAUGUCAAUAUGGAUGUACUCCUUAUAGUGAUGUAUUGGUUUUCUACAGUCCACUUCAUUGGCAUGGGAGACAUGGCAGAAGACACUACACUGCCUAGGAAUAUGUGGUCUUUGAAUGUUUGAAAUUGCAGCUAUGGUUCUGUUGCCUGUGUAAUUGUAGUAUUAAGGCCCCUUUGAUGUUUAACUGUAAUUUCUACCCAUCAGAAGUGGGAGUCUAUGGGCUGCUUGACGAGGGCUGCUAGGCCCCUCUGUCCAGACGUCUCCCCACUCCCUCUCUGUAAUUAUGGAAAUGUACUGUUUGUAUUUAUAGUCUGAGCCCACAAGCGUCUGGCCUGGUGUGUUUUGCAGCUGGAAAACAUAAUUGUGUAAAUGGUGAUACCAUGUCUAUUGAGUUCAGCAGCGGGUGUAUAGACUGGUCCUCAGUUACUCAAAUAGAUGCAGUUUACCUGUGUCCUUUUCAGGCCUGUGCUUCUGCAUUUAUUUCAAGUCUAAGUUGAUAUUCAGGGGGUGGAUGUGGUUCAUGUAAGGACAAUGUGUGAACACGUUUCUAGAAAAGGAACUACUUUGUUGACUAACCUUGUACAAUCAUUGUGUCAUUGUGAAAACUCAGGAAAUAUCCACAUGAAUCAAGUAUUUUAUGUUUUGUUUUUUUAAUAUUUACAAUAAAUACACAAUUUACAGUAUAAAAUUCAUAUACAAGUCCAUAUAAAUUUCAGUAAAAAAUAAAGAUACACAGGACAUCAAGCCCUGAUAGUGUACACGGGGGCUGGACCCAGCAGUUGCACUCAAGGAAGACAAUUUUCAGCUAAGUGAUUUUAAAUUAAGAACACAGUUGACUAUGCUAUUCAGGCCAUUCAAAACAAUGAGGCAGUUUAAAUAACAAAACAUUGUCUUUGCUCACACAGGUACAUUUCACUUAGGCAUAAUUUUGUCUCCACUAUUUUGGCUGACCUGGCAGUUUGACUAUGGAAAGUUUUACAGUAGCAUACAGUCGCAAUAGAAAGGCACUUUUGUGUCCAACAGCACUCCAGUUUUGAAGAAGAGCAGUAGGGCCAGCCCCUUAUUGGCCUGUCUGCCCAAAAACAAAUAUCUAAUGAAGCUUUUCUAAAGCUUUCAUAUACAACCAAGGUAGUACCAGCUACAUUAUUACGAAAUAAUAUCACUAAACUUUUAUCAAUAUAAAAAGCUUUGGUCGUGAAGAACAAAUUAAAUAAAAACAACAAA